ACAGUGCACUCUUGACUCGUGAACAAUGGUCAUGCCGCCGGGCUUGGCAAUAUUGCUUCAGUACGCCGGGCGCCUGCUAACGACGGGUGGCAUUCCCAAACAGGCAAUGGUCAAGUUGAAGCCCACAAUCCGACUCGUUACAGUAUCUCGACCGCGGCGUCCUCAAGACGGUUCCCUCACUCGUCGACAUAUCGUGUUGUCCAACACCAUGAACUCGAUCUGUGAGGUCAUAUGGGCCCUCAGGCUGAUACCGCCGUCUACCGCCACUCAGGCUGAAUGGCGCCGUUCGACUCAGAGUUGAGCAGGUUGCCGCCUGCUGACAUAAAUGGUGCGUACACGUUGCAAAUUACAAGACAAAGCCUUCAUGAGGAGGUGCCGACUUGACUUGCC